CACUAGUCUCGCGUUAUAUUAUAAUAGGACCUAUGUUAUAUGUGAAAGGUCCAUCCGCAGAGAAAAGAGAGUUUUCUUUUUCUUCAUCAAUGGAGCUAAAGGUAACCAAGAUCUCUCAGGUCAACCCCGCAACAAACACGUCUCAUGCCUCGCUGGUUCUCCCACUCACCUUCUUCGACCUAAGGUGGAUAAAGUUCCAUCCCACCGAGAGAGUCCUCUUCUACAAACUCGAUAAACACAACUCAUCUCCCGAGUCCUUCCACUCUAUAAUCCUCCCCAAGCUCGAGCUCUCUCUCUCCGCCGUCCUCAGCCACUACCUCCCGCUCGCAGGUCGCCUCAGGUGGGACCCACAAGAUCCCAAGCCACACAUCCUCGUCCUCCAGAACGACUCUGUCACCUUGAUCGUUGCGGAGAGCGACGCUGACUUUUCCAUUACAUCCGGGAAAGGGCUACGUCCCGAGACGGAGAUACGUUCUUUGGUCCCCGAGUCUCCUGUUGCUUGUGACUCGCCCUCUGUUCUUGCUCUGCAAGUUACGUUGUUCCCGAACCAAGGGCUUUGCAUAGGCGUAGCAGCUCAUCAUUCAGUUAUGGACGGUAAAACAGUGGUUAACUUCAUCAAAUCAUGGGCUCACAUAUGUAAACACGAAACCAUGGCUUUACCAGAGAACUUAACUCCGUUUCUAGAUCGUACGGUCAUCAACGUUCCCGCUAGUCUCGAUGCCAAAAUCUUGGAGUUCUUGCCGUAUUUCUCAGAGGAGAAACACGACUUGAGAUCGCUGAAGCUGCCUCCUAUGGAGAAGAUCAGCCCCGACUUAGUGAGGAUCACGCUGGAGUUGACUCCGGAGAACAUCGAGAAGCUUAGAGAGCGAGCCAAGAGAGAGUCAACUCGCUCUCAUCUUGACCUUCAUUUGUCAACGUUUGUUGUCGCCACCGCCUAUCUAUGGACAUGCUUGGUGAAGGCGCGUGGUGGUGAGGUUGAUAGACCUGUACGUUUCAUGUACGCAGCUGAUUUCAGGAACCGGUUGGAUAAACCGGUUCCUGAAACUUAUUUCGGGAACUGCGUGUUCCCGAUGGGUUGCUUCGGAUACAAAGCAAAGGUGUUUUUGGGAGGAGGUGGGUUUGUGAACAGCGUCGAGAUUAUAAGUGAUUCGGUUAAAGGUAUUGCAUUACAGAAUAUUGAAGCACUUUGUGAGUUGUACAUAGAUGGGACGAAGAGUGUGAAGCCGGGUACACAGACUGGGUCCAUUUCCGGGUCGAAUCGGUUUGGGAUAUACACGUCGGAUUUUGGGUGGGGAAAACCGGUUAAUAGUGAGAUUGUGUCCAUUGACCGGAACGAGGCGUUUUCAAUGUCUGAGAGGAGGGAUGGACCAGGUGGCGUGGAGUUUGGUCUGUGUUUGAAGAAAUGUGAAAUGGAUAGGUUUGUUUCUCUGUUUCAAAAUGGUUUGCAAAAUUAAAUCACUUCUAUAUUUGGUGUGGAGAUUGGUCUUUGAGGACAUGUGGGUUUGAUUAUCUCUCUAUUUCGACCAUAAUAAUUUUCAUAGUGGUUUCAAUAUCUUGCUUGGUUAAAAUUUAGAUAUCAUAUCGACCUUGACUUUUGAACAUAAAAUCUUUAUAU